AUGGGAGGCAGAGCUAACACGCAGACACCAUACGAGCUUCUGCGUCGCUAUCACCGCAGCGCCCAACGCCAGGUCGAGAAGGACUUCGUGAACGUGCAAGCGCAGCUGUCGCAGCUCCUGAAGGCGCUCUCAGGCGACGAGGAGAAGGACAAGGCGCUGGCGCUAUCCAAGCUCGACACAGCGAGCGAGCGUAUCCGCGGCCUGAAGCGGAAGCUGGACGACUUGCAACCGAAUCCUGGCCCGGGAUCUCAGAGCCACGUAAUCCGCGAGCGCAUCAAGUAUGUCGAGGACGUGCUGCUAGACACGCGGCUGAAGAAGGCGGACGAGGGGAGGGGCAAACCCGCCGACGUCAGCUACAGGGAGCGUUCGGAGAGUAAGGAGAAGGACAGCAACGGCAAGGAGGCAAAGGAUGGGCUGGCGGCGCCGCAGCCAGAGAAGGCUGAGAAGCGCGUUAGCUUCCUUGACGAAGAGGGCGAGACGCGAGACGCACUCGCCGCCCAGCUCGAUACGAUUUCGGGCAACACCACCCCUGCGACGCCGGCCAAGCCGAUGGACGGGUACAUCAUCGACCAUCUCCUGCGCACGGGGCGGAUGAAGACUGCACGCGUCCUUGCAGCCUCGCUCGGGAUCGAGGACCUCGUGGAUCUCAAGCUCUUCUCGGAGCUGUGUCGGAUUGAAGCCGCGCUCGUCGAGCGACACUCGGUUGCCGAGGCGCUGGCGUGGUGUGGUGAAAACCGUGGCACGCUGAAGAAGAUGGACUCCAACCUCGAGUUCACACUACGCCUGCAGGAGUUCAUCGAGCUGUGUCGCCGUCGUGAGACGGAGGCCGCCAUUGCGUACGCGCGCAAGAAUCUCGCCGCGUGGGCGAAUACGCACCUCGCUGAAUUCUGCCAGGCCAUGACACUGCUCGCGUUCGGACCGACGACGGGUGUACCGGCAUAUCGCAAACUCUUCGACUCCUCCCGCUGGCAGACGAGCCUGCUCGCGCUCUCGCUCUCAGCCGGCUUGUCGAGCCUGCGUCUGCCAGCAUGCCAGGCGCAGAGUGCUCCUGCUCCCCAGUCUCCCGUCGGCUCACGCGAUCCCCUGCCGCCGAUCCACCCCAUCCUCCCGCCGGUGCCGGGCUUCUCAGCUUUCCUGGGCAUGGAAGCUCUGCCGGAGCUCGAGCGCCCCCCGUCGCCCGAGGAGGUCGCGCCCAAGACGCCCGUCGACGACGCCGACGCGCCCGCCAACGUCGACUGCCCGACGUGUGCUGAAGACGUGCGCAUACUCGCGCGCGAGGUGCCGAUGGCGCACCAUGUCAACUCGACGCUGGUGUGCCGCAUCUCGGGCGACGUCAUGGACAGCGACAAUGUGCCGCUCGCGUUCCCCAACGGGUGUGUGUACUCGUCCAAGGCGCUCGCCGAGAUGGCGAAGAACAACUUUGACGUCUGCAUCUGCCCGCGCACGCAUGAGACGUGCGGCUUCUCAAAGCUGCGCAAGGUGUACAUCUCCUAG